AUUAAACSUGUCGUGUAAUAAACGUGUUUACAACUAUAAAACAAUCGCAGCGUGUUUCAGGAAAUUUCACAAUAAAAGACGUCAAAACAAAGCAGAAAACGCCGAACGUUUCUAGAAAGAAACCUUUCAAAGUACUUCCGGGUUAACACGUAUUCCAUAACCCUUUCUUUUAGGGGAAAUAUUGUUGCUGCAGAAAUCUGCAGGUUAUUUUUUUUAUCGUUCUAAAGACCAACAUUUUAAAAAYUGAAAUAUGAAUGAUUUUUUUAAAGUUAAAAUCCAAAAUAAGAAGACAUGUCUUGUCGCUCUUACAUUGCCACCGGAAGUUGUUUGCUUAAUGCUAACGUGCGCUCAGAGAUGUGUGGCUGCUGGUGGACAAAAAGGUUAGGACUUGGUCAGUGUUAACGGGGGUAAACAGUUUGUCCAGUAUGAGCUCAUCAUCAGCUGGGGACGGACCAGAACCUGGGAGUCCCCUUGAUAAUCAAGCAAAGGAAGAGAUUGGGGGUGUUACCUGCACAGGAGACUACAGCAGACAGGAGUCUGCAAUUUGCUUAGGGAAUGGAGAAGUGAAAAGCUGUGCUGUGGUCAAGUACUCUGCAGCCCCACCUCCGACCACCUAUGCCCUCCUGCAGGAGAAAACAGACCUGAAGCUUCCACCUGCAAACUGGCUGAGGGAAAACCCCCAGCUGGGCAGUGCUGGCACCACCGUGUUGGGCUCCAGCAGCAAAUGCAAGCCUUUCUCCAGUUUUGGGAUGGCCUAUGACUUCAUUGAUUGCAUUGGGGAUGAUGUUGAUGUGGUGUCAGACUCUGAGAACAUCAAGAAGCUUUUGAAAAUUCCCUACAGCAAAUCCCAUGUUAGCAUGGCCGUUCACCGUGUUGGAAGGACGCUGCUUUUGGAUGAGCUGGACAUUCAGGAACUCUUAAGAAGAUCCUCUCAGACAGGAGACUGGAUGUGGCUCAAAGAGAUUUAUCAGCGGCUAAUAGAUCAAAAAUGGCAGAGAAAAAAGAAGAGCAAAGAGCACUGGUAUCAGAAGGCCAUUCUGUCAAAGUUUCUGUACUAUAGUAUAAAUGGCGAUGGGGCUGCAGAGCCCGUAUCAGACGACAUGACUCAAAGCGAUGAAGAGGAUGGUGCAGAGGAGUUCAGCUCUUCAUGGCCUGCCACUUUCACCAGCACAAUGACUAAUGCAGAAGAAUCAGUUACUCCUCAACAGGAAAGCGUUUCUGUGGAUAGUAAGUUGGCUUUGGGUCAGGUGACAUCCGUACCUAGAGAGCAAAACCUCCCUACUCUGUUCAAUGAAGGGGAAAACAGUCAGGGUUUGAGGAACGACUUUGUGCGAAACAUCAUGUGGACGUUUGAAGACAUCCACAUGUUGGUUGGGUCCAACAUGCCAAUUUUCGGAGGCGGUCGCUAUCCUGCCGUCAGUCUGAGACUCAGGGACAGCAAUAAACCAAUCAACAUUUUGACCGGUAUCGACUACUGGCUUGACAAUCUAAUGUGCAACGUCCCAGAACUUGUCAUGUGUUUUCAUGUCAAUGGCAUUGUUCAGAAAUAUGAAAUGAUCAAAACAGAAGAUAUCCCUCAUUUGGAGAACUCGACAUUCUCUACGAGGGUAGUAAAAGACAUCGCCCAAAAUGUUUUGUCCUUUCUGAAGUCCAACUGCACAAAAGAGGGUCACACCUACUGGCUUUUCAAAGCUAGUGGAAGUGACAUUGUGAAGCUUUAUGAUCUUACCACCCUGUGUGAAGAAGCUGAAGAGGAGAACUAUCAGAAUCCCUUCACUCUACCUGUUGCUGUGUUAUUGUACAAGGAUUGAAAGCAGUAGACAGUAGCAUCAAAAAGGAGAGUGAUCUCCCUGCUGCUGACCCAAACACUCCCAUUCCCCUAAAAUAUGAGGACGGAGGUGCUAGUGGAACAUCUGAGAAAGGCAUCGCUCUACUCCUAGAAAGAGCUGGGUUUGUGCAGGYGGACCAAAAGCACCCGACGCGCUCYGGGAUGAUCCCCGGCUCCUGGCAGCACCGGAUGAAGCUGCAGCUUUUUCUUAAAGCCUCUAAGGCGUACUACGUGCUGUCGGACGCAGCCUCUAACCUGCUGAAGUACGGCCGAGCUUUGCGCUACAUCAAGUUGUCUCUGCAGUGUUACGAUGCCUAUUGUUCUAUAAGUGGAUCACUUCAUCCACAAGUACUGCAGUUUCACAGCCAGUGCCUGUCCCUGUGUGGAGACAUUCAGCUGAUGUUGGCCCAAAACGUUACCAACAGAGCAGCUUAUCUAGAGGAGUACAGCUACCAGACCAAAGAGGACCAGGAGAUCCUGCACAGCCUGCACAGGGAGAGCAGCUGCCAGGCCUUCAGCGUGGCAACAGACCUGGCCAUGGACCCUGAGUACCAGCUGUUUGUUAGCUGUAAAUGCUACGAGGCGGCGCACGAACUCCUUAUCUCCGAGGCUUUGAAAGAUCAGGUCUCAGAUCAGCUGUCCCAGAUUCUUAAAAGGCUGGGAAACAUCCRCAACGAGAUGGGAGUCUAUUACAUGAACCAGGCUGCAGCUAUGCAAACGGAGAAAGAGGUGAAAAGGUCGGUGUCUUCAGCAGAGCAGGAGCUGUGGAAGAAGAGUUUCGGCUUCUUUGAGAAAGGAAUGAAGGACUUUGAAGCCAUUUCGGACAGCACCAAUACGGCCUUACUGCUGUGCAAUACAGGCAGGCUGAUGAGAAUCUGUGCUCAGGCCUACUGCACAGUGUCUGCUGCUGAGAGCAGAGGAGAAUUCUCACCUGAUGAGGCUCUUUAUUACAACAAGGCCAUAGACUAUUACUUGCGAGCGAUGAAGUCCCUGGGUAGCAGAGACAGCCACUCAGCAGUGUGGGACAGUGUAAACUGGGAACUGUCCACCACCUAUUUCACCCUGGCGACACUGCUGCAGGACUACGCCCCUCUAUCCAGGAAAGCACAGGAGCAGAUUGAGCGGGAGGUGACGGAGGCUAUGACAAAGUCCCUGAAAUACUGCGACCUGCAGACUGAGUCAGCUCGUCAGCCGCUCUACCAGUACCGAGCUGCCACCAUCCACCACCGCUUGGCCUCCAUGUACCACAGCUGCUUUCGAAACCAGGUGGGAGAUGAACAGUUGAGGAAGCAACACCGCAGCCUGGCAGAGCUUCACUACAGCAAAGCUGUCUCUUUAUUCCUCAGCCUCAAAGAUGCACCCUGUGAGCUGCUGCGCACGUUACUGGAGAGGGUUGCUUUUGCUGAGUUUACUAUGGCAGGCCAAAGCAGCAGCAUGACGAAGCUGAAGAGUUUAAUUGGAGCUCUGGAGAUCAUGGCAGAAACUCGUCAUGCCUUUCAGUUGAUCCGUCAAGAGCUGCUAGACGAGCAGGCAGAAUCAAGUGAGGCACCUGCUGCUGAAUCAGCAGACUGUCCUGGCGUGGCCAGCGGCUCCACAUCUGGACUGGAUCUCCACGAGGUAAUGAAGUUAAUUGGUGUUUUCGAGCCAAGUUUCUCCUUCCUGCUGCUGCAAGCCAUUAAACUGAUGACAACAAUAAAACGGAAACCAAGCAAUAAGGAUGAGGAAACAAUGAAAAACUACAAGAAUGUUUACUCAAAGCUGCUGCGUGCGGAGAAAAACGCACCGCUCCUCAGCCGCGUGGAGCUCUACAUCGAGCUGCUGCAACAGCUGACCCCGCAAACAGGAAGUGAUGUCACAGGAACAAGUAAAAUGUAAAAAAAAAAACAAGUUUCUGCCUUUACUUGCUUAUUAGAACUUUGACUCUGCUUUCUUAUAGACUUCUUUUAAAAAUUAUCAGAAAACAUUUUAAUAACAGAUAUUAACAAGCACAAACUCAGGAGACAGUUACUAUUUUUUUUUUUGAAAAUCACCUCCUGCGCCUUUUAAAAUACGUUAAAACAUCUUCAUCACACGUUUUGACUUGUAUAUUUUUGUGUAGAUAUGUACAUUCAGAAUAAUAUUUUUAGUUUUCCUUAUUAAAACAGAUUUUUGGUCACAUGUGAAGUUUCUGUGGAAACAAUUCUAUUUUGACUGAACCAAACCAAAAGCUCUGGGAUUGUCUCAUUUAGUUUAAAAAGAUGUAAAGCCAUCUCUAAAUUUUCUACAUAGUGCAUCAGUAGAGAACGAUUUAGAUUAGGUUCAACAUGUUUGAGUGUUUUCAACAUUAUUCUGGUAAUAAAACAGAAAAGAGAAACUAUUUGCUUUAAAAACUGCAAUAUUUAAGCAACUUCCAAUGCAAAUUCACGCUGCUGAUCUUUCAAAUGAUGCGUGUAUAAAUGUGAAUUAAUGUUUUUGCAUGUUUGGCUUUGAGAAUAAAAAGUUUGAAGGAUA